AUGUGCAGUUGUGCACCGCUUUCAAAUCCAAAAUGUAACCGAAGAGUGAAAGUUUUGUGCAGUAGGAUAUUUUUUAGGAUGUAGGAUAUUUAACAGUCUUCAGUUAACCAAUGCUGUUGCUAUUCUACUGCGAAAACCCAAAUAUGUAAGAAGUCAUAAUUUACAUUUGUUUGUCAAACCCUGCGUUCGAACACGAGACGCUAACGUUAGCUCAGUAACAAGCCGUAAACAACCUGAUGUUGUGGAGGAGUGAUCUGACAGAGGUGAGGGGAUAUGGGCUCUGUUCGUUGGGCGUUUCGCUGUGGGUCAUGGACCCCAAGCAGGUCUGAAUGGCUCUUUGCAGCCCGCUGCAUUCAGCGGGAGGAAAAAGACAGGAUCGGGCAAUAUGUGUUUGCCAAGGAUGCCAAAUCAGCCAUGGCUGGCAGGUUGCUGCUGAGAAAAUUUGUGUGUGAAAGGAUGGGGGUUCCCUGGUCAGAGAUCAGGCUGGAGCGAUCUCCCCGAGGGAAACCUUACCUGGCAGCACCACUGAAGGUCAGUUCAAAUUCAGGCCCUGAACCUCCAGCCUGGAGUUUCAACCUGUCCCACCAGGGGGACUACGCUGUGCUCGCUGCAGAGCAAGGGCUUCAGGUCGGCGUGGAUAUUAUGAAGACCACAAUGCCAGGUAGCAGCUCUGUGCCAGAGUUUUUCCGCAUCAUGACUCGUCAGUUUACAGUGUACGAGUGGAGUGUCAUCCAAUCAGCUGGCUCAGAACAGCAGCAGCUCGCCACGUUCUACCGCCACUGGGCCCUGAAGGAGAGCUUCAUCAAAGCCAUCGGAACAGGUCUGGGCUUCAACCUGCAGAGGGUGGAGUUUCACCUGUCCUCUGAACCGCUCACACAGGGUCGGGCACUGCGCCACACCAAGAUGCAUCUAGAUGAGGAGGAAGAGGAGGACUGGGCAUUUGAAGAGAGCUUGCUGGAUUCUGACCAUCAUGUUGCCGUUGCACUCGGAGCAGUGGACAAACCGGGCUCUGCAUCUCAUCCAUCUCUUCCUCCUCCCACUGCGUUCACACUGCUGUCGUUCAGUGACCUCAUCGCCUCAGCCUCACCUCUGACAGAGGAAGACCCCGCCCACUGGGAAAGCUUCGAGAUGAAGGCUGAAGCCCCACAGAGACAGAGAGAUACACCUGCAUCCAAAUAACCACCUGUCUCACCUGCCGCACACACACUUUUCAGAAGUACCAAAAAAAAGGAAACAUGCUGACACUGAAGCUGCUUUCUCAUUCAGCAUAAGACCAGUCAAGUCAAGUUUCAUAAAGCCAAAAAUCACUCGUCUCAAAGGACUUCAGAAUCCAUACAGCAUCUGACACCUUCUGUCUUCUGAUCCUCAGGCCAGAUAAACUCCACAAAACACACACACACACAAAUACUGCACAGUUCAUCCAAUCAUUUAACCAUGUCGAUCAGUUGAUUGAAUUUCCCUAGUAUCUAAAGUAUCUAUCUGUCUAUUGAUAUCCUGUUGUUUUUAUUAACUUCCUAUCAAUAUGUGAUGAGAUUGUGCUCAAAGUAAGAUCAAGCUGUCCUUUGCAAACUGCCCAGUUAUGUAAUUUCAGAACACGUAUCGUCAAAGAUUCUGCACUGAACUCCUCAGUAUUGAUUCUUGUGUGCUCCAGCUUUCCAUCAAACAGUGUAACAGAAAUCUGUAAUACGGAAUGUGUGUGUGUAUAAUGUAUAAUAUGUAGCAUAAAUGGUGCAUAUCUCACAGAUAAAAAGAUGAUUAAUAACC